AUGGCAGCUAAUGGGUAUCUGGAUAAAGGAAGAAAGGAAGAAAGCUAAACUCUCUCAAGCUAUUAGCUCAGUGGUUACUCCCACUGUCCUCCUGUGUCCAGAGUUUUUCUCUCUUGUGUGUUUUUGCAUCGUAACAGACAUUAAACAGACUUGCACGCGUGUUAUGAGGGAGGGUGUUCACAGGGUUAACUCAUACGCCCCCUAAGAGGCCCAGACAGACACAGACAUUGUAGACUCGUCUUCUCAAAAUCAUUUAUUGCGAAAGACCCGAGCCUGAAACUCUGGAGGAUUAUAUAACAAGUGGAGUCUCAUAUAACGAGCACACAGUCCGUCUCCAGCAAACACCGAGCUGUUCCGUCCUGAACCUGCAACCCGGAGAAACCACAGACAUGUCCUCGUGUGAGUUUGAGUCUCUGGAGAAAUCUCUGGAGUCUCACCUUCCAGAGACUGAGCUCAGAGAAGUCAAACGCAUCUUGUUCGGGAAGGAGACUCAGAAGUUGGACCUUCCUGCGUGUGCUGUGGAAGCUGCUUCAGAGCGUGAAUUUGAGCUGAAGGGUUACAGGUUUGAAUCUGCACAGGAACAACUAAGACCACCCAGGAGGAUCCGUGUGGGGCUCAUUCAGCACCACAUCGUUCUGCCCACUGAUGCCCCUGUGCUGGAGCAGAUCACUGCCAUGCACAAUCGGAUUGGUGAAAUAGUCGAGGUGGCGGCCAUGUGUGAUGUAAACAUUGUCUGCUUUCAGGAGACCUGGACCAUGCCCUUUGCUUUCUGCACACGAGAGAAAGAACCAUGGACAGAGUUUGCAGAGUCUGCUGAAGAAGGAAACACCACACGCUUCUGCCAAGAGCUUGCCAAAAAAUACAACAUGGUGGUUGUUUCUCCAAUCCUGGAGCGAGAGGAGCGGCACAGCACUCUGUGGAACACGGCGGUGGUGAUCUCAAACUCUGGAAACGUGCUGGGGAAGAGCAGGAAGAACCACAUCCCCAGGAUUGGAGACUUUAAUGAGUCUACAUACUACAUGGAGGGCGACUCUGGCCACACUGUGUUCCAGACACAGUUUGGAAAGAUAGCUGUGAAUAUCUGCUAUGGGCGCCAUCACCCUCUCAACUGGUUCAUGUACAGCAUGAAUGGAGCUGAGAUCAUCUUUAACCCUUCAGCUACUGUUGGAGCUCUCAGUGAGCCCAUGUGGUCUAUAGAGGCCAGGAACGCAGCCAUAGCAAACCACUGUUACACCUGCGCAAUCAAUCGUGUUGGAACGGAACAUUUCAAAAGUGAAUUCACGUCUGGUGAUGGAAAAAAGGCUCAUCAUGACUUCGGACACUUCUAUGGAUCCAGUUAUAUUGCUGCUCCUGACGGCAGCCGCACCCCUGGGCUCUCCAGGACUAGUGAUGGCCUGCUUGUGGUUGAACUGGACCUGAACCUGAACAGACAAAUCAGUGACAAAUGGAGUUUAAGGUCGAUGACUGGUCGUUAUGCUGAGUACGCAGAGGAGCUCACCAAGGCAGUCAGAUCUGACUUCAAACCUAAGAUCGUAAAGGAGUAGUUGAUAUUUCACUGUAGUUGAUACAAGUAUGAAAUAUAUUUUGGUUUCUGCUUUCAUUGGUCCACUUUCAGUGUGUAACAGAAAACUAAAUAAAGUCAAACUGGAGCCCCGUUGUUUAAUUGGGUAACUAACGUGUUUCUGAUUUACCUGUUAAAGAUUAGAUGAUAGGCUAGAUUUUCACGCCAUUACAUUAGACCAGUUCCUUCCCUUCUCCAUACUCUCUCUUUCCAUCAUUCUAGGACAAGUUGAUCUUUGUCUCAUCUGUCCAUGGGAUGUUGUUCCAGAUCUCUACAGGCUCUUUUAGAUACUUUUUGGCACACUGUGAUCAGGCCUUCCUGUUUUGAGACUCACCGAUGGUUUGCACCUUGUGGUGAACCCUCUUUAUUUACUCUGGUGAAGUCUUCUCUUAGCUGUUGACUCAGACACUGAUACCCCGACCUCCUGGAGAGUGUUCUUGAUCUGGCCAACUGUUGUGAAGGUAUUUUCCUGACCAGGGAAAUGAUUUUCUGUCAUUCACCACACUUGUUUUCCGUGGUCUUCCAGGUCUUUUGCCGUUGUUGAGUUCACCAGUGCUUCUAUUCUUUCUCAGAAUGUACCAAAGAAAAUUUGACUACACUUAAUGUUUUUGCUAUCCCACUGACGGGUUUGUUUUGAUUUUGCAGCCUAACGAUGGCUUGCUUCACUGUUAGUGACAGCUCUUUGGACUUCAUAGUGAGAGUUGACCUCACCAGAUUCUAAAUGCAAAUAUAACACUUGAAAUGAACUCUAGACCUUUUAUCUGGUUCUUGUAAAUGACAUAAUGAAGGAAUUACACACACCUGGGAAUGAAACAACUGAGCAGCUAAUUGUCAAUUACUUUUGGUCCCUUCAAAAGUGGAGAGUAUAAUAAAAUGUGUUGUAACUCCUACACCGUUCACCUGAUUUGGAUGUAAAUACCUUCAAAAUAAAGCUGAAAGUCUGCACUUUC